GCCAUUGCGCGGAUGUAAUACCCGAGUAAGUUGACAUGGUUGUUUUCAUGCCAGUCUAGAGGAGGGAAAAAAAAAAAAAAGUUACGUUCGUCUUUUUUCGACUCGUAGCGAGUUUGUGUUUGACGUCGUUUGGAGGCACUUCGCAAGUGAGAAGAAUAAGCCGCAGCUGAGGGACCAGGAGCCGGGAACAAUGGGCAGUGAACCGUGUGCAGUUCAGAUUGUGUCGGUGUGUAAGGAGGAGCACUCCUUCACGCUGAACGAGGAGGCCUUGGCACGUGUCCUGUUGGCCCCCAACGUCCGGGACAAAAAUGUGGUGGUUCUGUCGGUGGCCGGGGCCUUCAGGAAGGGGAAGAGCUUCCUGCUUGACUUCAUGCUGCGCUACAUGCACAGACAGGGCGACGCAAACUGGCUGGGUCGGGAUGAUGAGCCGCUCACCGGAUUCUCUUGGAGGGGCGGUUCAGAACCGGAGACGACCGGCAUCCAGAUUUGGAGCGAGGUCUUCCUCGUCAAAAAGACUGAUGGAACGGAGUUGGCUGUUGUGUUAAUGGACACUCAAGGAGCGUUCGACAACGAGUCGACAGUGAAAGACUGUGCCACCAUCUUUGCCCUCAGCACCAUGACCAGCUCCAUUCAGCUCUACAAUCUGUCUCAGAACAUCCAAGAAGACGAUCUGCAGCAGCUACAACUCUUCACAGAGUAUGGACGCCUCGCCUUGGAUGAAAUCUUCCUGAAGCCCUUUCAGUCCUUGAUGUUUCUGAUUCGUGAUUGGAGCUUUCCUUAUGAAUACCAAUAUGGCUUCAUUGGAGGCAAUGAAUUCCUGGAUAAGCGGCUACAGGUUACAGAUCAACAACACGAGGAGCUGCAAACAGUGAGGGAGCACAUCCACUCCUGCUUUACCCACAUUUCCUGCUUCCUGCUGCCUCACCCAGGCUUGAAUGUUGCCACCAGCCCUUCCUUUGAGGGACAACUCAACGCUGUGGCGCCCGAGUUCAAAGAUCAACUGAAGAUUUUGAUCCCUAAUCUCCUGUAUCCGGACAACCUGGCCGUGAAAGAAAUCAAUGGCAACAAAGUCACCUGCAGAGGCCUGCUGGAGUUUUUCAAGGCUUACAUCAAGAUCUACCAGGGAGAGGACUUGCCAGAGCCAAAGAGUAUGCUCAUGGCUACCGCUGAGGCCAACAACCUGGCAGCCGUGGCAGCAAGCAAAGAUCAGUAUUACAAGAACAUGGAGAAGAUGUGUGGCGGAGACCUGCCCUAUAUGGCUCCCGAAUCCUUGGAGGAGAAGAAUGUCUUUUACUUCAAGGAGGCUCUUCACAGCUUCUCCACCACCAAGAAGAUGGGCGGCCAGGAGUUUUGUGAUCGUUACCAAGCACAACUGGAGAAGGAGCUGGAGGACAUGUGGCAGUCGUUCGCCAAGCACAACGAGUCCAAGAAUCUCUUCAGCGCCAUCCGUACGCCAGCAGUGCUGUUCGGGCUGGUGUGCCUCCUCUACGUGCUGUCGGGUGUGCUGUUCUUCAUCGGCCUGACCACCAUCGCCGUGGUAUGCGACUGCGUUCUGGGUGUGGUCAUGAUGGCCAUGCUGACAUGGGGCUUCAUUCGCUACACCGGCCGCUACUCGCACGUGGGCGGAGCCAUCGACCAGGCCGCAGGCGUGGUCUUGGAGCAGGCCACCGGGGUUUUGAACAAGACGAAAGAGCAAAGCAUGGCCAACGUAAAGAAAUCCAGUUAAGAGGACCCCCGGCAGCCGCAGCACACGACACAGUACAAGAUCCCACACUCGGCACUAAAAGCUUUAUCAUUCCACCCCGCCCUGGGAGAAAGUACGCACGCACACACACACACACACACACACACACACACACACACACACACACACACACACACACACACACACACA